AUGUCUUCCCAACAAAAAAAUGUGUUAUAUCAUUCAAAGUAUGACUUGACGAACCGAGAGGGUAUUGCUCCUCCACCUCAUAAACGGUUGAUUCAAGCAGUGAUUAUUGAUACAUGGGUAACUAAAUGGGGAGGUCCGUUCUGGUGGAGUUCAUUCACGGAGUAUCAGAUAACCACAGUUUUUAGAGCAGGCGACGGAUCCAUCGGAAAAUCAGUUACGCGUAAAAGAUAUCGCGAGUUUUUAGCACUCUAUCAAAAGCUUGCGACAAAGUACGGAUGGAUAAGAUUACCUCCGUUUCCGGAUAAACAAUACUUUGGAAAUAAUGAUCCGGGAUUUAUCGAGAGACGACGCUUUGAAUUAACGAGGUUCUUGCAAAUGUUGGCAAAUUGGCGUGAUAAUGAUGUGGAUGUUGUGUCGUUUCUGAAUAUCGCUUCGGAGCAUAUAAUAAAGAACGACAACAGAGAUUAUAGCAUAAAUAAAAUUCCAAAACGUGGAUGUCUACGAAAUAGUAAUGGUCUUUGUACGCCGCCCUCCUCUCCUAAGACUACAACACCCUCUUCUAAUGACAAUGAAGAGACUGACAUUGUGGUUGAUAACGAGAUCAUGAAACGGCGGGUAUCAUGGGACAACAAAGUCGAAGUUUAUGUAUUAAAGAUUGAGCCUUACCUGUUUCAUAGAGACAAUCAUCAGUUGAUGUUUGUGGAUAUGCGAAAUUAA